GGACACGAUGGCGAUCGACGAGAAGCUGGAGGAGCUGAUGGGGCUGCUUGGUGACUUUGGCAAGUACCAAGCCUUCCAGUUCGUGCUGCACCUUCUAGCCGCCGUAACGGCUGGCUUGCACAUGCUCUCGCUGGUGACGGUAGCAGCCGUACCGGAACACCGAUGCUUCGUGGAUUCACUCGAUUCUGCUGCCGCAACUGCGAACGGUACCAUUCUGCCCUCUAUCGCCCAGCUGGCGAGCUACAUCCCACUGAACUCCGAUGGCGAGCUCGAGUCCUGCCUAAUGUACGAUCCAGCGUCACUUGACAACUCCACGACCGUGUCUUGCAGUGCGUACGUCUACAACAACACCUACUACCAGUCCUCGCGGACGAUGGAGUGGAAUUUGGUUUGCGACAAGCGCUGGAUGGGCGCUCUUGGACAGACGAUCUACAUGUUGGGUGUGUUCACUGGAGCCGUCUGGCUGGGCGGUUUGGCUGAUAAGAUCGGCCGUAAGAAGGUGUUCUGCUGGUCUGGGCUGAUGCAGCUGCUUCUUGGAGUGGCGGUUGCUUUCACACCGGAGUACAUCUCGUUCCUGGUACUGCGGUACCUAUACGGCAUCUUCGGAAGUGCUGGAAGCUAUAUCACAGGCUUCGUACUGACGAUGGAGCUGGUUGGACCGAGCAAGCGAACACCCUGCGGAAUCUCGUUCCAAGGCGCGUUUGCUGGAGGCAUCAUGCUGGUCGCAGCCUGGGGUGCUCUUAUACCCGAUCGGAUGAUCUUGCAGGUGGUGUACGGCUUGCAUGGCUUGCUGCUCGUAGCUCACUGGUGGAUCAUGGACGAAUCACCUCGGUGGCUAUGGAUGCAAGGUCGCAAAUACGAAGCGGUAAACAUCGUUGAUCGUGCCGUGCGCAUGAACGGACGCGGUAUUCACGUGGACAAGGAGUACUACCUCGAGGAGGCGAAAACUAUCCAAACCGAGGAACAGACUGCUGCGUCGGCUGGUCUUGCAGACCUCUUCAAAACGCCCAACCUUCGCAAGAUGACACUAAACGUGUGCCUGUGCUGGUUUGCCAACUCGAUCACCUACUACGGUCUGUCGCUGAGCGCGGGCAAACUGAGUGGCAAUCCGUUCCUGAUCCUGUUCCUCAUGGGCCUGGUAGAGUUCCCGAGCUACAUCUCCAUCAGCUACCUGCUGGACAAGCUUGGCCGGCGUUCGAUCACCAGCUCACUGAUGAUUGUUGGUGGCAUUUGUUGCAUUGUGGCUGCGUACCUGACACGUGGCAGCACCGAGUCGACGUCGAUCGUCAUGUUUGGCAAGCUGUUCAUUGCCGGCUCGUUUGCCGUCAUCUACAACUACUCUGCCGAGCUGUUCCCGACGGUUGUGCGUAAUUCUGCGAUGGGUCUCGGAUCGAUGUGUGCCCGUUUGGCUGGCGCUAUGACACCGAUGAUCACGCUGCUUGAUUCAUUCGAUCCCAAAAUUCCGGCAGUGCUCUUCGGCGUGAUGUCGCUCAUUUCCGGCACGUGGGUGCUGUUCUUGCCCGAGACCAUGGGCAAACCGAUGCCGCAAAGCCUGCAGGAUGGGGAAAACUUUGGACGUGGAGAUACAGCCUUCUCGAGUUGCAUGGGUCGUAAUAAGACACACGCGGAAGAUUUCCCGCCACCUCAGCAAAUGGUGCCAAUGGGCAAGAACAGUCGAUAAAUGCUGCCAUUGGGCAGCUGAUGGUUAGAGUGUGUAGAUGUUUGAAUAGUUGUAUAAGUAAAUCGUAAAAACAUAAAUAUAACAUGUGAUAAUUU